CUAGUCACAGGUCAACGCUUUAGUCAGGGUGAGAGACAGAACAGUUAGAAUUCACGGUGAGCACUCAGGGGACAGUGGACGUUUGUAUUGAUCAAAAGGCAGUGACUGACCAAAAGAGAUCGAAAACGAAAACGAUCAAAGUCCUUAUAAUUCAGAGGUGAUAUUAAUAGUCGUGGUGGGAAUCGGCACAGGAAACCAAGCAGUUAAAAGCAUUGUCCAUGGCCUUUAAGAACCCCGGUUGUGUUAAAUGAUGGUUAGUUGACGAACAAAACUUGAUCAUCGAAUGGAUCAGUAGAAGGAGCAUUCUUGGCUAAGUUGGGACGUCUUAUCUUAUCACGCUUGCGCCACUUCUGCAGAUAAUGUGAUACCGAUUACUGUACUAAUCGCAGGAAACCGACCUAAUCUCUCAUUUGCCCCGCCCACCACCCUUGCAAUUAAGCUUUUCAGGUUUAUGUACAAAGAGGUGCUGAAGAACUACGCCUUCUCAGCACGCAAGGCGCGGGGCAGUCGGCAUUGAACUGGGCGACAUGAGAGAAGAGCUCAAAUUAAUCUAGAUGAUAUGUUUUUAAUAUCAACCGUAUUGACCUUGUUCAACCUAUUCCUGUGGGCUUUUGUAUCAAUCAAGGACACACAUAUGAAAAGGAAAUACUGUGACUGUUUAACAUACAAUAAACAACACGGAUUUGCACUUAAAGUUGUUAUGAACUGAUUUCUUGGUUUGGCUGUACUUCAACACUGUUUCACGUUUUGGUAUUGUACUCUAAGGUACAUGGAAUGUAAUCGUGCCACGCUUGCAACAUGCAUCUACCACGAGUCGGUUCGAUCUUCGUUACGAUGUUCGUUUGCAACCUUUUUUCGGUGAAUGGCUUCACUGUAGGUGACACAGUGACUGAAAACACGACGUCUUCAGGCUCUGGGACGGUUAAACCGAACAGCGGUUCUCAAUCAUUGGAGUCAAUACGUGGAAAUGUGGCGUACACGAACGAGACAUCUCGCGUACGGGAGUCUGGCAUCAAUGUGACGACUCGCAAGGGAGCGUCUGACACCACAGCAAGGCCAAAGUCGCCAACUAUGGCCGCUUUCGCUUUAAACAGAUCACCUGCAACCACUGCCGCACAGUUUUUACAAGAAUCACUUCCCUCGUCCACUGAUUCUCAGUUACGCCUUACAACACCGAUGACGAUGAAUGGGUCAACAACCACUUUGCGGAAUUUAACAUUCGUCAUGUUUGCUGACAUUAACGUAAAAGAGGGCUGGGAUGGCGCUGGGGUGGUGCCAGCUUUGGAAAUGGCGGUUCAUGACGUGAACGCUGACCCAAACGUCCUUCCAGGGUAUCAUUUGAACUAUGUUGUUAUGGAUACAAAGUGUGAUGAUGGAGCUGCCGCCGCGGCUCUGGUUAGAGCUAUCCAACGUCCACCCCAAAAGAUAAUGGUGAUAGGUGGAGGGUGCAGUGUAUCCACGGUUGCCACUGCUCAGACGACUCCCUUUUUCAAUCUCAUUCAGAUCUCAUAUGGUGCUGCACGUCUGAAGCUAUCGAAGAGAGACAUCUAUCGUACGUUUUGGAGGAACAUUCCGACCAUGGGUUCUUAUCUAAAAGCUUAUUUGGCCAUUGUACAGCACUAUGGGUGGAAACGAGUCGCCACCAUUGGAUAUGAAUGUCAAGAGAAUAUGGCAAUCCUUCACAAGUUAUUUGAAAACAAUGGUAUCGAGAGCUUGGCUUACCAUACCGUAGGCGAUAUAGACGAAUUGUCAGAUGUACAGAUACAGGACCUCAAGAAUCGUGACGCCCGCGUUAUCAUCUUCGACGGCUUUGAGCAAACCUUCCGUAGAAUUCUUUGCAAGGCUUAUCGGUUCGGCAUGAGCGGCGGUAAAGUGGUGUGGCUGUACUACGGCUGGUAUAAUAAAGACUGGAUGUCGGUCAAUGAUACGGCAUGUGACCCGUCGGAGAUCAAGGCCGCCACCGUGCACGCGCUGACCUUGAUGGAGCUUAUGACCUUUGAGAAGUUUACUCACGGUCUUGAGACGAUAAAUGGGCUGUCGUUCGAUCAGUAUGAAAGACGCUAUAAACAGUGGCCCAGUUUUGAAAAGUAUGGUUUUAACGAUUACCACCCCUAUGGCUAUGACGCCAUAUGGGCAGCUGCACUGGCCCUGAACUCUGCUAUUCCCGAAGUAGCUAAACAGUGUAAUUAUGGAGCUGCCGCCGCCGCUCUGGUUAGAGCUAUCCAACGUCCACCCCAAAAGAUAAUGGUGAUAGGUGGAGGGUGCAGUGUAUCCACGGUUGCCACUGCUCAAACGACUCCUUUCUUCAAUCUCAUUCAGAUCUCAUAUGGUGCUGCACGUCUGAAGCUAUCGAAGAGAGACAUCUAUCGUACGUUUUGGAGGAACAUUCCGACCACGGGUUCUUAUCUAAAAGCUCAUUUGGCCAUUGUACAGCACUAUGGGUGGAAACGAGUCGCCACCAUUGGAUAUGAAUGUCAAGAGAAUAUGGCAAUUCUUCACAAGUUAUUUGAAAACAAUGGUAUCGAGAGCUUGGCUUACCAUACCGUAGGCGAUAUAGACGAAUUGUCAGAUGUACAGAUACAGGACCUCAAGAAUCGUGACGCCCGCAUUAUCAUCUUCGACGGCUCUGAGCAAACCUUCCGUAGAAUUCUUUGCAAGGCUUAUCGGUUCGGCAUGAGCGGCGGGAAAGUGGUGUGGCUGUACUACGGCUGGUAUAAUAAAGACUGGAUGUCGGUCAAUGAUACGGCUUGUGACCCGUCGGAGAUCAAGGCCGCCACCGAGCACGCGCUGACCUUAAUGGAGCUUCUGACCUUUGAGAAGUUUACUCAUGGUCUUGAGACGAUAAAUGGGCUGUCGUUCGAUCAGUAUGAAAGACGCUAUAAACAGUGGCCCAGUUUUGAAAAGUAUGGUUUUAACGAUUACCACCCCUUUGGCUAUGACGCCAUAUGGGCAGCUGCACUGGCCCUGAACUCUGCUAUUCCCGAAGUAGCUAAACAGGUCGUCACGGAGGUUGUUGACGGAGAAACAGUUGUCAGGCCAAAGCGGCUCGAUGACUUCACCUACGAAGACAGUCACCUGUUGAGUAUUCUCAUGGAGGAAUUGAAGAAAACAAAUUUUACAGGGAUGACGGGUCCAAUGUCAUUUUAUGGAAACGGUAGCAGGCCUUGGCAGAUGGAAAUCACCCAAGUCCAAGACUCUGUCCAAGUGGCUGUUGGGGUGCACAACGAGAUCACAGGGCAAAUCAGCAUUGAUGAAUCUCUGUUAAAGUGGCCUGGUGGACAAGUACCUCUUGACCACACCCCUGUCGUAAACAGAAUGUCGUACAUAGAUGGCGUUCUGGCAGCUGUCAUCACUGGUCUCGCAGGGCUUGGGAUUUUACUUGGGCUGUCUCUGCUAGUGUUUAACAUCGUCUUCAGGAAUCAUCGCCACAUCAAACUGUCAUCACCAAAUCUUAACAACGUCAUAGCGGCCGGGUGUGUUGUGGCAUUUAGCUGCGUGCCAUUUGUUGCACUGGACACCCGUCUUGUUCCUGCAGAUGUCAUGCCAGCGAUGUGCAUGACAUCAGGCUGGUUGCUGUCCAUAGCAUUUAGCCUCGCGUUCGGAGCCAUGUUCGCCAAGACGUGGCGUGUUUAUGUGAUCUUUAGAAAUAAGUAUGGGAGAAUGAGAAAGCCCCUACAGGAUAAACACCUGUUGGUGGGGGUGGCGUUUUUAGUAAUGGUGGACGUGGCCGUAAUGGCGACGUGGACAGUGAUAGAUCCGAUAUACUUGACGUAUCAUAUCCAGACAGACAUGGAAACGGACGGGAAACGCCUGAUAACGAAACACGAGUCCUGUACGUCGGAGUUAAAGACGUAUUGGAUUGGCGGUCUGCUGGCAGAGAAGGGAUUGCUUCUGAUUUUUGGGUGUUUUUUAGCCUUUGAGACGAGAAGGGUCUUUGUGCCGGAGUUGAAUGAUUCCAAGUAUCUAGGCAUGUGUAUCUACAACACCUGUGUUUUGUGCGGAGUUGGCGCCUCCGUCGCCAUGAUUGUGUCGGAGAGGCCAGCUAUCACAUUCGCUUUCUCAUCUCUUUGCAUCAUAGCGUCAGCUGCCACGACGUUAGGAUUGCUGUUUGUUCCUAAGAUUAGUUACGUUAAAAAACACCCCAAUGUAAAGCAACCUGAUGGCAUAACGUCUACUUUCAAAGCCAGUUUAAGAAACGUUCAUAAAGAACUUUCAAAGGCAGCGUCCGUUUUUACGAGCAGUGGCCAGGGCAAUGAAGAUAACCUAAGUGACAGAAAGAGUGCGAGUUUAAACACAACUUUGUCAGGAUUGCCAAUGGUUAGGUUUUCUUCUGAACUUGGUGGUACGGAAAACGAUUCACACAAAAGGUCUCAGAAAGAUAAAAUCACUGGAAUAAUAAACCGUUCGUUCUCCACUUCUGACGAGAAUGGAGGAGAUCACGAGCCAACAGUUCUCCUGUCUAGCGGCGCCACGUGUUCCCCUGUUGAAAACCGUUGUUUCAAAAACCACGUGGUGGUUGGUAGUUGUACGGGGUUAUAUGUACCAACAGUUAAUGAAGACAGUCGUCUUUAACAAAAAUUGAUUAAACAAGCACAAGAAAUUAAAAAAAGGCCAGGCAUUACAAAAAUUGGUCCAUUUCUGCCACAUGGCUUAAUAAUCAUAUGCUAUUCGGCAGUAAGUGAAGUAUUUCAUUGAUCACAGGUAAUUCUUUCUCCAAUAUCACAUAAAUUGGAAAUAUUUUUAAAGUUUUUAAUAAAAAAUUGUAUUAUUUGAUAUUAUUGGUCUGGCAUGUCACUUGCUAAUUUUAACAUUAUGUAC